CUUUGCGGCUCUUGCGCUCUCUCGCCUCACCCGUACGACCUCCGACACUUUUAUCUUCGACAGCGAAACGCUUAUCGGUCGAUUUUUCGCUCUUGCUUGUAGUUUUCAGUGCAGAUAUUUGAAAUAAAGUACAGGAAGACAAUUCACGAGCUUUAGCAAUGGCUGAAAGUAACAUUCUCGACGAGGACUCUCCGUUGCCUGAAGAUUUGGGAGACGAUUUGGUGCAAGAAGUUUUGAAGACCGGUAUUGAUCUCCGGCAAUAUUCUUCGGAAAUUGAGAAAGAACUUGAAGAAGUUGAAAAUAAGAGUAUUCAAGAUUACAUCAAAGAAGCAGAAAAUAUAGCUGGUCUUUAUAAUCAAAUUACAUCAUGCGACGAUAUCCUACAGCAAAUGGAGUCGAUGCUACUUGGUUUUCAGUCAGACUUGGGAAGUAUCAGCGAGGAAAUCCUUUCUCUUCAACAAAAGUCUAUUUCUAUGAGUCAACAAUUAAACAAUCGACAAACUAUUCGAGGACCUCUUAGUCAAUUUAUUGAAGACAUGACAGUCACGGAAUCUCUUAUAGCUAGCAUUAUGGAUAGUCCAGUGACUGAGAAGGAAUUUGAAACAAAUCUUGAAAUACUUAAUCACAAGAUUAAUUUUGUUAAAGAACAAAAUUUCAAAGAUGCAAAAGCAUGUAAUGAUGUCAAAGAAAUUUUGGAGAAACUGAAAAUUAAAGCCAUGGCAAAAAUUAGAACCUAUCUACUAGAACAGAUAUACAAAUUCAGAAAACCCAUGACUAAUUUUCAAGUGCCUCAAAACAAUAUGUUAAAGCAUAAGUUAUUUUUUGAAUUUAUCCUAUCCAAUGAAAGAGAUAUAGCUGGAGAAAUAUGUGGUGAAUAUAUUGACACUAUGAGUAAAAUUUAUUUCUCUUACUUCAAGUCGUACUGUUCUAGAUUGAAAAAAUUACAGUACGAAGAAAAUCCUUCAAAAGAUGAUUUAAUGGGAGUGGAGGAUACAGCUAGUAGAGGCUUAUUUCACAAAACAUCUCACUUGAAACAUAGAGGAACUGUGUUUUCCAUUGGCACUAGAGGGGAAACUUUAUCUUCUCAAUUAGAAGCACCUAUAAUUGUACCUCAUACUGCUUCGAAGACUAAAUAUCAUUAUGAAGCUCUCUUUAGAAGUGAACAAUAUGCUUUGGUUGACAAUGGUUGUCGUGAAUAUUUGUUCCUGACAGAAUUUUUCAAAGUGCGAGGACCUCAAGCUCUAGAUAUUUUUAAUCAAGUCAUGGGAAAAACUCUAAGUUUAUUGUUGAAGAACUUACAAUCAUUUGUUGAUGACUCCUACGAUGCUAUAGCUUUGUAUCUGUGCUUGCAUCUGGUAAUGAGGUAUCAGCUGAUGUGCCACAAAAGAGCUGUACCUGCACUUGACAAAUAUUGGGACAACAUGACUGCAGUUAUUUGGCCAAGAUUUGAGUAUGUAUUUAAACUAAAUAUUCAAAGUAUUAAAGACUGUGAUCCAAUGAAAUUUUCUCGAGAAACAGGUCCUCAUUAUAUUACCAGAAGAUAUGCAGAAUUCAGUGCAGCGAUGAUUGGAGUAGGAGAAGGUUUUCCUUGUGAAGGUGCUACUCAACUCUUAGCAGAGUUAAGAGAAGCAGUACAAUGUUUUCUUUUGAGGAUGGCUGCUGUUUUUCCACAGAGAACACAGCAGCUUGUAUUUCUUAGCAAUAAUUAUGAUCUCGUACUUGGAGUUCUCAUGGAGAGAACUAGGGACAAUUCCAAAGAAGCAGAAAGUUUCCGAGAACAAUUGAAUGCAAGGUCUGCCGAAUACGUCGAAGAAAUUUUGAUGCCUCAUUUUGGUGGUAUUAUUCAGUUAGUCAAAGAAUCGGAGGUAUUGAUCGAGAAGGGUCAAGUCGAAGAAUUGAAAAGGCAAGAGGGAAAGGCUUUGGCUCUUGUACAAUCGUUUACAAACAAUUGGAAAAGAUCAUUAGAAGAAAUUAACCGCGAGGUCGUAAGGUCAUUUCCAAGUCUACUUUUAGGGACUUCUCUAGUUCAGCGUGCUAUGACGCAAUUAGUUCAGUAUUACCAUAGGUUCCACAAAAUUUUGCCUGCCAAUGUCCGACCACAAUUAACAAAUAUCCAUCACAUUAUGGUUGAAAUUAAAAAAUAUAAAACAAAUUAUUGAUUUUAAAGAAAAUCUCAGAUCUUCCAGAAACUUUUUGACUUGUCUUUAUUAAACGAUUUUAGACAUUUUUAUCUCUGCUUGUAAUUUCUAUGAUUUAUCUAUCAGAACUGUGAGUAAACGAAUCAGUACUGUAACUUUUGUUGCGAUACAUUUUUUAUAUUAUCAGUUAGAUAAUGGAAAGUAUUCAAAGAUUAUUUAUAAAGAGGUCGAUAAAAGUAUUGUUAUUUGUAAAUACAGAACACCUAUUUCAUUUCGGUAUCGACUAGGCGAAUAAUUAUUAUUUGGAUACAAUUAUUAUCAUAACAAAUUUUUUUAAACAUAAAAGAUUGUUUAUUUUUUUAAAAGUUGUUAUAAAAUAACAAAGGUCUUUAACAAAGAAAAAAUGAAUGUAUAUCUAUUUAAUAUAAAAAGUACUUUUUAACGAUUGCAAUCAAAUAUAUUCGAAUACGAAACUAAUUAAUUUAAUAAAAUGAAUUUGACAAAUGUGUAUAUAGAUGUCGAGGAUAAUAAGAAAAGCACUAGAUAAAAAAC